GGUAGAUCGAGACCAAAGUGUGGAAGAGCCGCAACUGGUGUGGAGGCGGCUGAUCCUGCGGGUGACGGAGCGUCAGCGCACUGCUGAUGCAACCGGCGGGGAGAGGAGGUGAGGGGCAGGAGUCGGGCCGCCUGAGGUCCGGGGAGAGGAGGUGCACGUACUGUCAAAUAGGCCGUUUUAAAGAAAAUGUCAGCUAAUAACUGUGAAAUGUCCACAACCCCGAUGGAUUUGCAUAUGAAAGUGACGAUUCAAGGGGACACUGUCCGAUUGCUGAAGUCAAACAAAGCACCAAAGGAAGAAAUUGAUGCUGCAGUAAAGGAACUUUUGGCAUUGAAGCUGAAUUAUAAAACAUUAACAGGUCAAGACUAUAAGGUUGGCAUGCCACCCACUAACUGCACACCAGUCAAUAGUAAUUGCCCAGCUGUUGCAGAAGACGAUGGUGACUAUGUUGAUCCAUGGACAGUGCAGACAUCCAGUGCCAAAGGGGUGGACUAUGACAAGUUGAUAGUUCGGUUUGGAAGCAGCAAAAUUGAUCAGACAUUGAUUGAUCGAUUAGAACAACUCACUGGUCAAAAAGCUCAUCACUUUCUUCGCAGAGGGAUCUUCUUCUCUCAUCGGGAUAUGCAGCAGAUCCUUGAUGCUUUUGAAACAAAGAAAUCCUUUUACCUGUAUACAGGGCGUGGUCCUUCAUCAGAGGCCAUGCAUGUGGGUCAUCUUAUCCCAUUCAUCUUCACGAAGUGGCUGCAAGAUGUUUUCAAUGUACCCCUUGUAAUUCAGUUGACUGAUGAUGAGAAAUACCUGUGGAAAGAUAUAACACUGGAACAAGCCUAUAAAUAUGCUGUUGAGAAUGCGAAAGACAUCAUUGCUUGUGGCUUUGAUGUGAAUAAAACCUUUAUCUUCUCCGAUCUGGAUUACAUGGGACAGAGCCCAGGGUUUUAUCAGAAUGUAGUUAAAAUUCAGAAACAUGUUACUUUCAAUCAAGUGAAGGGAAUCUUCGGCUUUGGAGAUAGUGAUUGUAUAGGAAAGAUCAGUUUCCCUGCAAUACAGGCUGCUCCAUCGUUCAGCUCCUCAUUUCCACAAAUCUUUAACGGCCGAAAGGAUAUUCAGUGUCUUAUUCCUUGUGCCAUUGACCAGGACCCUUAUUUUAGGAUGACGAGGGAUGUUGCUCCAAGAAUUGGUUACCCAAAACCAGCAUUGUUGCAUUCCAUCUUCUUCCCUGCACUGCAAGGAGCACAGACAAAGAUGAGUGCCAGUGACCCCAACUCUUCCAUCUUCCUCACAGAUACGCCAAAGCAGAUCAAAACGAAGAUCAACAAGCAUGCUUUUUCAGGAGGUAAAGAUACUAUUGAAGAGCAUCAACGCUUUGGUGGCAAUUGUGAAGUGGAUGUAUCUUAUAUGUACUUGAGCUUUUUCCUGAAAGAUGAUGAGAGACUGGACAAAAUAAAACAGGAUUAUACAAGUGGAAGACUUCUUACAGGAGAACUGAAGAAAAUUCUCAUUGAAACACUGCAGCCGAUCAUAGCAAAACACCAAGCAGAACGCAAGCAAGUGACUGACGAAGUGGUAAAACAGUUCAUGACUCCUCGGAAACUAGCAUAUGACUUUUAAUGACUUACUUUGCAAAUCACAUUACUUCGUGGAAAUUCCAGUCAGAUUUCAUUCAUUAAAAUCUUAACAUAUGAUGAAGUUAUGUGUAACAUGAUGAUGGACAGAUGAUUCAGAAUAUAAUAAAUGUCACUAAGUUAUAACCUA